UGUACAAUACAAACGACAGAUAAUUUGCGGCACGAAACGAACGUUUGCAAGCGAAUCGUUCAGCAUUCAGUCGCAAACAUUCGAGCAUUUCGCAAUGGAUUUCUCCGGUAAAGUUGUUAUCAUCACAGGGGCCAGCAGUGGAAUUGGCGCGGCCACUGCAAAAUAUCUAACCGAACUGGGAGCUACCGUUGUUCUGACCGGUAGAAAUGAAGAAAAUCUGAACAAAGUGGGCUUGGACUGUGAAGCUGUGGGCAAGGAGAAGCCUUUCUUGUUGGUUGCUGAUGUAACAAAAACCGAGGAUAAUAGUCGGGUUAUUGAUGAGACGAUCAAGAAGUUCGGUAAACUGGACGUUUUGGUGAACAAUGCAGGAAAAGGACUGCCGGGAAGCAUAGAAAACACCAGUUUGGAGCAAUACGAUGACAUCAUGAACACCAACGUGAGAGGUGUAUAUCACCUGACCAUGCUGGCGGUGCCACAUCUUAUCAAGACCAAAGGUAACAUAGUAAAUGUAUCGAGCGUCGCCGGCACUAGAUCGUUCCCGAACGUUUUGGCCUACUGCGUUUCCAAGGCUGCCUUGGAUCAGUUCACGAGAUGUGUCGCACUGGAGCUUGCGCCGAAGCAAGUCAGAGUCAAUUCGGUCAAUCCAGCGGUUAUCGUAACGGAUUUCCACAAUCGAUUGGGUAUGAGCCCUGCGGAUUAUGCAGCGUAUUUGAAGCACAGUGAGCAGACCCAUGCCAUGGGUCGUGUGGGUAAAGCGUCGGAAGUUGCUGCGGCCAUUGCUUUUCUCGCGGGAGAUACUGCCAGCUUCGUCACGGGAACGUGCCUCUGCGUGGAUGGAGGAAAGAAUGUGAUGUGUCCACGAUAAGCGAAAGUUGAAGAAAGCAGUUGCAAUUUAUAAAACUAUAAAAUAUCCUACUACAUUUUGGUAAUAAAUAAAUACUUGGCUUUUCAAAUGCGUCUA